GUAGAAUAGUUUUUGGCUUAGGGCAAACUCAUUCAUUUUGGGUUAGUGCAAACUCAUUUAGUAAACAUGACAGGUGGCCAAAUUAUCACUGGAUUUCAGUGACUUUCUGAGUUGCACUAGGUUUCUGACAUCUCUGUCUCACGAUCUGGGGAUGGUCAGAAGCCCUCUGAAGUUCAGGAUAGGAUCUUCCAGGAGAUACAGUGAUCAGAAUGCCAAAACUCUUGAUGAACUGUUUUCAAGAUAUAAGUCACAGUAUGGUAAGAAGUACAAAUUAAUGUAUUUUACACUGCAUAUAAAUCAUGAAGAAUUUCAGAAUAAAGCAGUGACGAGUAAAGCCUCUUAGAAGAGGUAUGUUUUGAAAUAGUAUUUGGUAGAGGUUACCAUCAUUGUGUGGAAGGGAAUAUGGUGAGACCCUCAUCAGUAAGGGAUUGUGGUGAAAAUAUGUGUCCAGCUGAUUCAAUGGGGAGGAAAUGGCUGUCACAAUCUGUGUGAAAUGAUCUAAGCCUCAAUUAUGGAGAUAUUUAGGCUUGGUCAGAUUUUCCCAAAUGGUGGAAACAACCUUGUUCUGUCAAGUGUGAAUCAUGGCAGACUUGAGCAGCACAGCCCUGUUCCAUUGUCUUAUCUGCUUCUUAUGAUGAAACAUUUUAUUUGAGGUAAUAUGACAGUAUUAGUCUGACCUUUUAAAGUGAAACUUUAUUACAAAUUAUUUCCAAACUUUGAGUUUCUUGAGCUUUCUUGACCUAAAAAAUGUUUUUUAUAUAUAAUGUAUGUAUAUGUUAGUGUCACCUGAACUUCAGGGAUACUUGGAGACUUCAGUUGGAAAUGAAUCUCAGAAAGAUUUCUUUUUAACUAAGGUCUUAAGUUAGUUAAUUGUUUAGAAUUUGCAGCAAAGCUAGGAGUAACUUACUCCAACCUUUGUUUUGUAAUUCAUGUUGUCUUAAACAUGAAUUAUAAGAUUGUUUACUCUCUCGUUGGAACUUUAGGUAGCAGUGAUUAUCUUAUUUUUCAAUCAUUCAAAAUUUUGAAUUUUAAUUUCUCUCUUACUCAUAUAAAUACCAGUAGUGUUCUAAAUUACUGGUAAUGUUCCAAAUUACUGGAAGAGACGGGCUAUGUUAAUUACAGCAAAUCAAACAGAUUCUCAUAGGAACAGGGGAAGAAGAGAGCAUUCAUUAAGAUCUAGUAUGUGUCAGGUAACAGGUUGUUAGGCAGUUUGCUAAUCAAAAUUCUGUGAAAGGUUUUUAUUUUCAAAUAUUUGUUUCUCAACAGGAAACAAAUGCUACAAUAACUAGGGUUCAACAGUAAAAAAAAAAAAUAAUAAUAAUAAUGAAGGGCCUAUACGCAGAGUUGUGGGCAGGAUUAAGGCGAGCCAUGGGGUGUGGCAGGGUGCCCAGGCUUUUGUGGUCCUGACACAGGCUGGUGAAGACAGGUGCCUGGAAGCAGGGUCAUGUGAGAGGACCCGGUCACCAUUGUGGUGAGGCCUAGAGGACUCAGAGGGGCAACGCAUUCUGAAAUUCACCUCCCAUCCUCGGAAUUCUUGUUUGUGUGUUUUGUUGGCCAAAUCUAACCAGAAGCCGGGGACAGGAGAGCCUGAGACAUGGGAUGUAGAGCUGGAAAGAUCUGCAGAAUCCUGGGCUGAAUCUUGCUUGUGGGAACAUGGACCUGCAAGCUUGCUUCCAUCAAUUGGACAGAAUUUGGGAGCACACUGGGGAAGAUAUAGGCCCCCGACGUUUCAUGUACAAGCAUGGUAUGAUGAAGUGAAAGAUUUUAGCUACCCAUAUGAACAUGAAUGCAACCCAUAUUGUCCAUUCAGGUGUUCUGGUCCCGUAUGUACACAUUAUACACAGGUGGUGUGGGCAACUAGUAGCAGAAUUGGUUGUGCCAUUAAUUUGUGUAAUAACAUGAACAUCUGGGGGCAGAUAUGGCCCAAAGCUGUCUACCUGGUGUGCAAUUACUCCCCAAAGGGAAACUGGUGGGGCCACGCCCCUUACAAACAUGGGCGGCCCUGUUCUGCUUGCCCACCUAGUUUUGGAGGGGGCUGUAGAGAAAAUCUGUGCUACAAAGAAGGGUCAGAUGGGUAUUAUACCCCUCGAGAAGAGGAAACAAAUGAAAUAGAACGCCAGCAGUCACAAGUCCAUGACACCCAUGUCCAGACAAGAUCAGAUGAUAGUAGCAGCAAUGAAGUCAUAAGCACACAGCAAAUGUCCCAAAUUGUUUCAUGUGAAGUAAGAUUAAGAGAUCAGUGCAAAGGAACAACCUGCAAUAGGUACGAAUGUCCUGCUGGCUGUGCGGAUAGUAAAGCUAAAGUUAUUGGCAGUGUACAUUAUGAAAUGCAAUCCAGCAUCUGUAGAGCUGCAAUUCAUUAUGGUAUAAUAGACAAUGAUGGUGGUUGGGUAGAUAUCACUAGACAAGGAAGAAAACAUUAUUUCAUCAAGUCUAAUAGAAAUGGUAUUCAGACAAUUGGCAAGUAUCAGUCUGCUAAUUCCUUCACAGUCUCUAAAGUAACAGUUCAGGCUGUGACUUGUGAAACAACUGUGGAACAGCUCUGUCCAUUUCAUAAGCCUGCUUCACAUUGCCCAAGAGUAUACUGUCCUCGUAACUGUAUGCAAGCAAAUCCACACUAUGCUCGUGUAAUUGGAACUCGAGUUUAUUCUGAUCUGUCCAGUAUCUGCAGAGCAGCAGUACAUGCUGGAGUGGUUCGAAAUCAUGGUGGUUAUGUUGAUGUAAUGCCUGUGGACAAAAGAAAGACCUACAUUGCUUCUUUUCAGAAUGGAAUCUUCUCAGAAAGUUUACAGAAUCCUCCAGGAGGAAAGGCAUUCAGAGUAUUUGCUGUUGUGUGAAAUGGAAUACUUGGAAGAGGAUUGUAAAGACUAUUCCAAAUGCAGUAUUUCUGAAUUUUGUAUAAAACUGUAACAUUACUGUACAGAGUACAUCAACUAUUUUCAGCCCCCAAAAGUGCCAAAUACAUAUAAAUCUUGAUAAACAAAGUCUAUAAAAUAAAACAUGGGACAUUAGCUUUGGGAAAAGUAAUGAAAAUAUCAUGGUUUUAGAAAUCCUGUGUUAAAUAUUGCUAUAUUUUCUUAGCAGUUAUUUCUACAGUUAAUUACAUAGUCAUGAUUGUUCUACAUUUCAUAUAUUAUAUGGUGCUUUGUAUAUGCCACUAAUAAAAUGAAUCUAAACAUUGAAUGUGAAUGGCCCUCAGAAAAUCACCUAGUACAUUUAAAAAUAAUCGACUAUAAAACUGAAAGAAACUAUCACAUUUUCCCCAGUUCAAUGCUAUGCCAUUAUCAACUCCAAAUAAUCUCAAAUAAUUUUCCACUUAAUAACUAAGGUUUUUUUUUCUUCUGUUAAUUUAGGCAUAUAGAAUAUUAAGUUCUGAUAUUGCACUUCUUAUUUUAUAUAAAAUAAUCCUUUAAUAUCCAAAUGAAUCUGUUAAAAUGUUUGAUUCCUUGGGAGUGGCCUUAAAAAUAAAUGUAAUAAAGUCAGAGUAGUGGUAUGAAAACAUUCCUAGUGAUCAUGUAGUAAAUGUAGGGUUAAGCAUGGGCAGCCAGAGCUUUCUAUGUACUGUUAAAAUUAAGGUCACAUAUUUUCUUUUGUAUCCUGGCAAAUACUCCUGCAGGGCAGGAAGUAUAAUAGCAAAAAGUUGAACAAAGAUGAACUAAUGUAUUACAUCACCAUUGCCACUGAUUUUUUUUUUUAAAUGAUAAAUGACCUUGUGUAUAAAUAUUGCCAUAUCAUGGUGCCUAUAAAGGUGAUAUAUUUGUUUCUAUGAAAAAUGUAUUGUGCUUUGAUACUAAAAUCUGUAAAAUGUUAGUUUUGGUAAUUUUUUUUUUCUGCUGGUGGAUUUACUAUUUCCCUUAAACAUAUUAAAAUUAAUCAUGUUUCAAAGUUUUAUUUUCAGUUCCUUUUGCAUGCUGAUUUUGAUUUAGAAAUCACUAAGAUAAAUGAACAAAAUUAUUGUAAGUCUUCUAAAUUUGGUUUAUUUACGUUAGUAUCAAUAACAUACUUAAUACCAGAUGUCUACAAAAUCGACCUAAUUAUUUCAGUAUUUGCAUGUGAAAGAGAAACACAUAUUUAGAGACAUAGCAAGGGAGAUUUUGAAUAAAGAGAUGAAUUUAUAAAGUAGGAAAAAAUCUGAAAGAUACAAAGUGAUUAUAAAAGAAUUGACAGGACAAUAAAUACUUGAAAUACUUUUAGAAGGUAAAUGAUUAGGAGCUUAGGAGAAAUAAAAGGUAAAUACCAUGCAGUGAUCAAGGAAAGCAAGAGAGAGGAUAAUACAAAAGUAAAAGAAGAAGGGCUCACAUAAAUAACUUCUGGAGUGCAAAUUAUAAAGACAUCAACAUUUUUGAUCAUUUAAUAAGUAUUGUCUUAUAGCUAAGUGGUUCCAAAUACUGGUAAUUAAAACAAUGAUGUAUACAUUAAAGCAUUAAAGAUUGCAAAACUUAAAAGCAGAUUUUUAUGGGAACAUUUUUUUGAAAGGAUACAUUGCCACCUUCUUAAAUAGCAUGACUUUACAUAGACUCUUUUUCUGGUCCUUACUGCUCCUCCCACAACAGGGACGCCCCAUCAGUUCUGUCAGUGUAAGAUUUUCUUCUAUUUGCUCUUAGUUUAGAUCUCCAUCAUCAAUUCCCCUUACUAUUGUAAUGUCUUCAGCUGGAGCCUCUUCUUUGUGUCUUUCUCCAUUCCUUUUUAAUGCAUUCGUAUUUCCCAGCCCCAGAACCCUGGAAAUUAACUCUUCCGUGAGUUUCCAUUGCUUAAGAAAAACCAAACACCCUUGUAAAAACAUUUGAGAACUUCCAUAGUCUUGUUCAUAUUGUUUACCUAUCUUCAACACAAGGCGUGGCCUCGGGUAAGUUAUUUAGCUUCAAUUUACCUUACCUGUAAAAUGGAACAAAUAAUAUCUCCUUGAGAUUGCUCUACGAAUUAAUUGACACAUUAUGUGUAAUGUACUUAAAGGAAUAAUAAACACAUGUGGUCAGUGGAUGCCAUUUUCUAUUAUUAUCAUAAUUUUUGUUAUUUAGUUUGGGGAAACUAUUCAUCUGUCAUAUGCUAUUGAUCCUUUGGCACUUAAGUAAAUGUGAAAUCCUCCAGGAAUUUUCCUGUGAUUCUCCUUGUAAGAAUUAAAUGCUAAUAUGA